CCUGCUUCUUCUUUCUCUCCAUAAAAUUUUCUUUUUUCCCUUUUUCAUUUUGCUUUACAGUCGCCAUCGGAAUCGAAAGAAAAAACGGCACCAGAUGAUCAUCAUCGGUGGUCUUCUGUUCUUGUCUCCUAUCUUAUUUUGUUCCUUUUUUUUUUAAUACCUCCAGAGCGUUCAGGGAAGGCUGAAGGAUGUUGGAGCAGUUGCUCAUAUUUACUAGAGGAGGAUUGAUCCUAUGGACGUGUAAAGAGCUUGGAAACGCUCUCAAGGGAUCACCAAUUGACACCCUCAUUAGGUUCUGCCUUCUGGAGGAGCGAUCUGGCUCCAACUCGUAUAACUAUGAUGCUCCGGGUGCUGCCUAUACCCUCAAAUGGACCUUCCACAACGAACUUGGCCUUGUGUUUGUCGCCGUAUAUCAGCGGAUACUCCGGCUGCUGUAUGUGGAUGAACUGCUUUCCAUGGUGAAGCGUGAAUUCUGUGAGAUAUACGAUCCCAAGCGGAUAGAUUAUAAUGAUUUCGACGAAACUUUUAGGCAGCUGAGGAAAGAGGCAGAGGCUAGGACUGAGGAUUUGAAGAAAUCGAAGCAGGUGGGUAGGCCUGUGAAUGAUUCUAAGAAACAGGGACAUGUGAAGAAGGGUGGGGCUGAUGGAGGAAACAAGAAAAAAAGCGAGGCUAAAGGUGGCAGUGAUGAUGAUGAUGAUAAUAGGGCAGGUCAUAAUAAGUUAGAGAAUGGACAUUCUAAUGGCCAUCAUAUUGAAACUGAUGGUUCUAGGGGAUUAGCUAUUGGUAACGGUAAAGAAAAUGCUAGUGUCAAUGUUGGAGCUUUUGAUGUCAGUAAGCUGCAGAAGCUUAAGAACAAAGGAGGGAAGAAAAAUGAUACUGCUGUUAGUGAUAGUAAGGGUGCCAAAGCGGACCCAAAGAAAAAGGCAACAAAAAAGAAUAGGGUUUGGGAUGAUUCACCUUCACAGUCGAAACUGGACUUCACUGAUCCCGUGGAAAAUGGAAAUGAGAAUAUAGAUGUUGUGGCAGCUAACCAGGGAGAAAGCAUGAUGGACAAAGAGGAGGUUGUUAGCAGCGAUAGUGAGGAUGACGAAGAUGAGGUUGGCAAGGGGAGUGCACCUAACUCUAAGAAGAAGGGAUGGUUUUCAUCUAUGUUCCAGAGCAUCGCCGGAAAAGCAAAUUUAGAGAAGUCAGAUCUGGAACCAGCUCUAAAGGCUCUCAAGGACAGGCUCAUGACCAAGAAUGUGGCGGAAGAGAUAGCUGAGAAGCUUUGUGAAUCAGUUGCAGCAAGCCUGGAAGGUAAAAAGCUUGCAUCUUUCACAAGGAUAUCUUCAACUGUCCAGGCAGCUAUGGAAGAUGCACUUGUUCGGAUUCUGACUCCUAAGCGGUCUAUUGACAUACUGAGGGAUGUACAUGCUGCUAAGGAACAAAGGAAGCCAUAUGUUGUUGUCUUUGUGGGUGUCAAUGGGGUUGGAAAAUCAACCAACCUAGCUAAGGUUGCAUAUUGGCUUCAGCAACAUAAUGUCAGUGUUAUGAUGGCUGCUUGUGAUACAUUUCGGUCUGGAGCUGUUGAACAGCUGAGAACUCAUGCACGCAGACUUCAGAUUCCUAUAUUUGAGAAGGGCUAUGAAAAGGAUCCUGCUAUGGUGGCGAAGGAAGCAAUUCAGGAGGCAACUCGCAAUGGUUCUGAUGUGGUUCUUGUGGACACAGCUGGCCGGAUGCAGGACAAUGAACCAUUGAUGAGGGCACUGUCAAAGCUCGUUAACCUCAACAAUCCUGAUCUUGUGCUCUUUGUUGGGGAGGCAUUAGUUGGAAAUGAUGCAGUUGAUCAACUGUCAAAGUUCAACCAGAAACUGGCUGAUCUCUCCACUUCCCCCAAUCCGAGACUAAUUGAUGGGAUCCUGCUUACUAAGUUUGACACCAUUGACGAUAAGGUUGGAGCUGCGCUUUCCAUGGUUUACAUCUCUGGAGCACCAGUGAUGUUUGUGGGUUGCGGACAGUCUUACACAGACCUGAAAAAGUUGAACGUGAAAACCAUUGUUAAGACCCUUCUGAAAUGAGUCAACAGUAGUAGUACUUUCUACUGGUGUUUCUUGCCCGCUUUUGGUGGUGGAAUGAAUAUUUUUCAUUGCCCCGCCUUUCGCUCGCUUUCACUUUCGGAUGAAUAUGAACUGAAAACAUGUUGGGUUCUCUGCCAGACUUGUGUUUUCUCUUUCUAGCUUGAUGCCCGUUGAUGGUGUGGGAUAUUCGUUCUGCUGGUGGUGAACCUGAAAAUAUGCCCCUUUGUUGUGCAGUUGUGCUCUUCAGUCGUUCCAUUUCGCUUUAAUUACAUUGAUCUGCUAAUAGAUGGCCUACUUGUCAUUCUUUCGUAGUCUUCUAAUCUUCAAUUUUGUCAGGGGAAUUUGUUGGCUUAGCAAUUGCUCAGAUGGUUAUGUCCGUUACCAUCUCCAUCCUAUGGGGCAUUUUGCUAGCAACUGAUAGGGACGUGGAUGACUAAAAAUUGUUAAGUGAUAAAUUGUUAAAAUUGUUAAAAUUGAUGAUGUGACUUUAGGGAACACAUGGAUGAAGAUAGCCUUAUGUAUCUUUAAACUAGACUUAGAGUUU